AUGGCUGUGGCUACUUCGGAAAGUCAAAUCUUCAGUGAAACCUCUUGUGGAUCUCUCCUCCACCAGCUUCAGGUGCUGCGAUGUGCAUAGAACUUGAAUGAUCAUCAUUCUCCGUGUUCCCAGUAUAAUAAAUGUUAAAUGAGCUUUUUUUUGUAUUUUUAUCAGAAAAUAUGGGAUGAUGUGGGAGAGAGCGACGAGGAGCGUGAUAGGAUGUUGCUGCAAUUGGAGCAGGAUUGUUUGGACGUCUACAAGAGGAAAGUUGACCAGGCCACGAAGAACAGGGCGCAUCUCCUGCAGUCCCUCGCUGAUUCUCAGUCAAAGCUGGUCAACCUUUAUUCUUCCCUUGGAGAUAAUAACAACUUUAGCACGGUAAAUACUCUCAACAUAACGUCCAUCAUGAGCCCAAGUGAUUCCUAUUGAGAAGAUGUUUAUCCCCAUUUAUAUUUUUAAAUCUUCGCUGAGAUCAUAACAUUUCUGUGGUGAUUUCCUCCAUAAUCAGACUCACUCAUCGAUAAUUUAACGAUAUUUUCGCAAGGACUAUUUGAUGAAUUUGUAAUUUUUAUUUGGAAUCAUAAUAAUUUUUUACGCAUUUAUUUCUUGGGCGUUUUGCAGUUUGAGAAGUCAUCUGGAACAAUCAAAGAGCAGCUUGCGGCAAUAACUCCCGUCCUAGAACAACUAAAGAAACUGAAGGAGGACAGGGUUAAGGACUUUGCUGACGUUCAGUCUCAGAUUCAGAGAAUAUACGGGGAGAUCUCUGGGAGCUCGAAGCCCGGGAAGCAAGUGGGAGCGUUGACAGUUGACGAGAGUGACCUGUCUUUGAAGAAGUUGGAUCAAUUCCAAUCUCAACUUAGAGAGCUUCAGAAAGAGAAGGUUCCACCUCCUUUUUUUCUAUAUUAUUUUUUAAAAAAUAAUAUAUUUAAUGGUGGUCUUGGAGUCACUAAAGUACGGAUUUCCCCUAAACAUAAUCUCUUUUCCAUGCUGGAUUUUCCUACUUGCCAGAGUGACAGACUCCACAAGGUUCUCGACUUUGUGAGUGUGAUACACGAUCUAUGUGCCGUCUUGGGGAUGGAUUUCUUCAGCACUGUGUCCGAGGUGCACCCUAGCUUAACUGACUCCGUCGGUGUGCGAUCAAAGAGCAUCAGUGAUGAUACUUUGUCCAAGCUCGCUAGGAUGGUUCUCUCUCUAAGAGAAGACAAAACGUCGAGACUACAAAAGGUGGCCCUUCUUACUCAUUCCUUCGCCCCACAGACAUUAAGACAAGACUAAGCAAUUGUUAGCUUUCUGGUAAUCUUAUGGUUUGACCGCACUUUUUGUUUCCUUAAGACAAAAAGGUCUUCGUACCCGUUCUGGGUUAUUGAUUAGCGAUUUCCAACGGCUUGAAUUUGCCUCGAUAUUCUUCAAGAAUUCGAAGUUUUUGAGUUUGGUGCCCUUGAAUGGUGUGUCAAUUCGAAUGGGUUCUCUUUAUCUGAUAAACCUGUGUCGUUGUGAACUCUUAAUAUCCACGUCUUUUAUCUCAAAUCUGUGUGUCAUUCGGUUUAAAUCUGUCUGACAAAGCAAGAAGAAAGAUGAACCAGUGGAACUUCUGAUCACUGAUGAUCUUUCCAGCGCAUAAUAGAUACUUGUGAUUGUUUUUAUGGCGACUUAAUUUCGAGUUCCUUUGAUUAAUUAAUCAUGAUCCUUGGUGCCUGGAACUCGUUUAGCUUCAAGUCUUGUCAGCCCAGCUGAUCGAUCUCUGGAACCUUAUGGAUACUCCAGAGGAUGAACGGAGCCUGUUCAGUCACAUCACCUGUAACAUCUCAGCGGGAGUCGACGAGGUUACCACUCCUGGAGCUCUCGCUCUUGAUCUCCUAGAGCAGGUUAGGAUUAUACUAUUCCCAUUUCAUCUAGAUCUUUCUAUUAAAUGAUUAUCCGUAAUUUUGUUGAUUUUUUUAACCCGGCAUUAAUUUAAUUUAAUGUAUUUAUUUAUUUAUUUAUUUUUAAAGGCUGAAAUCGAAGUCGAGAGGCUCGAUCAGCUCAAGGCCAGCAAGAUGAAGGAGAUUGCCUUGAAGAGGCAGGCUGAACUUGAAGACAUAUAUGCCCGGGCCCACAUAGAAAUUGACUCGGCUGCCGCCCAGGAGAAGAUAAUGUCCAUUAUUAAUUCAGGGAAUAUCGAACCUACUGAACUACUUGCUGACAUGGACAACCAAAUCUUAAAAGCCAAGGAGGAAGCUUUUGGCAGGAAAGAGAUACUGGAGAAGGUUGACAGAUGGAUGUCGGCGUGCGAAGAGGAAAGCUGGCUCGAAGAUUACAAUAGGGUGGGUGAUAAAUUGCUACCAUGCUCUCAGGGUUGACUUAUCUCUUAAACAGCAGUUAGAGUUGACUCAUUGGUCUUCCGAAAAAGGGAAGAGUGCCAUUAGGGUCUGUUCUAGUGUUUUGUGUCUUCAAACCUCACGUGGUUGACUCCAAAGGUUUUUGGUGUUGAUUUGGGCAGGACGAGAACAGAUACAGUGCAAGCAGAGGUGCUCACUUAAAUCUUAAACGUGCAGAGAAAGCCCGCGUGCUAGUGAACAAAAUCCCAGGUAUUCUUGAAACUCACGAUAAUUUCUCAAGGAUAUAUUCUUCAAACACUCGUAUAUUUUUUUUGGGCUUUCUUGACAGAAAAUAAAGAAAACCCAAUCUAGCAAAUAUUCCUGUGACAACGCUUACAGUAAGUAAUACAAUGUCUACCUGGUGACUCUGACUAAUUAAUCUCUCUCUAUCUCUCUCUUUCUCUCUCUAUCUCUGUCUCCAUCUAUCUCUUUCUCUCCCUAUCUAUCUCUCUCUACCUCUCUCUCUCUCUAUAUAUAUAUAUCUCUCUCUACCUCUGUCUCUCUCUCUCUAUCUCUCUCUCUCUACCUCUGUCUGUUUGUCUCUCUCUCUCUCUCUAUCUAUCUCUCUCUACCUCUGUCUCUCCCUCUCUCUCUCUCUUGCUUGCAGCUCUUGUGGAGAAUCUGAUGGCUAAGACUCGGGCCUGGGAGGAGGACCGUGGGAUGGCAUUUAUCUAUGAUGGUGUUCCUCUUGUAGCCAUGCUUGACGAAUAUAAUAUGCUCAGGCAGGACAGAGAAGAAGAGAAGAGGAGAUUGAGGGUAAUCACUAUUUUUCUCCGAAUUGCUGCAGCUAAUCCCCAGGGAACAUCAUCGCCGGCACCAGACUUUGGCUUCUAACUUGCUGCUCUCUUGGGUAACCGCCCAUUUUCCCUCAUUUUCCAGGAUCAGAAGAAGUACAACGAGCAGCUCAACACCGAGCAAGAGGCCAUCUUUGGCUCGCGGCCGAGCCCGAGCCCGGGCCGCCCGCUCGGGCCGAAGAAGGUGAUGGGCCCGAGGGUCAACGGUGGGUCAAAUGGGACCCCAAAUAGGAAACUCUCUCUCCAGAACGGUGGCGGGCCGCGGUCCUCUAGCAAGGAUGGGAAGAGAGAGAAUGGAAGCCGGCUCUCAGCGCCUGCCAACUAUGUGGCCAUAUCCAAGGAGGACCCUGUGCCUGCAACUCCAUGA